AUGGGCAAAAUUAUGAAGUCUGGAAAAGUGGUCCUCGUUCUGAGGGGCCGUUACGCUGGAAGAAAGGCCGUUGUUGUCAAGACUUACGACGAGGGCUCAACUGAACGGGCAUACCCACACGCGCUCAUCGCUGGAGUCAACAAGUAUCCGAAGCAGAUCACCACUCGUAUGGGCAAGAAGAAGCAGGAAUCGAGAAACAAGCUGAAGCCCUUCCUGAAAGUCGUCUCCUAUUCGCAUUUGUUGCCUACACGAUACACUUUGGAUGUCACAUUCGAGAAGGCUAACAUCAACAAGGAGGCAUUAAAGGAGCCCGGGAAGAAGAGACGAGCGUCGCUUGAAGCAAAAGCGAAAUUCGAAGAACGAUACAAGACUGGAAAGAACAGAUGGUUCUUCACAAAGCUUCGCUUC